GCGGGGGAGCGCGUCCGUUCGCAGCGCUCGGGGGAGGGGCGGGGCGUGGGGCGGCCCCUCCCCGUGGGCGGAGCUGGGCCGAGCCGACAAGAUGGCGGCGGCGCUGAGGGCGGCCAAGGGGUUGAGGUUGGCAGUGGGGCCGCCGAACCUCGCUUUUACUCGUUCUGCAUUUGUUGCAAAAAGACGUAAUCAUGACCAACCAAACUGGUUUGGAGUUGGCUUGGCUUUUAGCACCAGUGCUGCCUUGUGGGCUCUUCUUUUCAAACAGCAUAAUGAAGAUGUAAUGGAAUAUGAAAGAAGAAAAGAAGAGAGACAACAUAAGUGUACAGGAUGUUCUUAGUAAGCUGAUGGUGUACUCGGUAAGAAGUAACGUGAUCACCGGUUGACCUACAAAUAAGUGAGCACAGCAGAAGUACAAAGUAUCUAAAUACUUAUAUGUUCAUACAUUUCAUAUGCAGAGUUAUGAAAUAAAUUAUAAUGUCUGGAAGAAACUUA